AUGGAUAUUCCAAAAAUGGAACUGCUCAAUGCUGCCUAUGAGGGAAACAUCACAAAGGUGGGCGAGCUGCUGCGAAUGGGUGUAAAUAUCGAUUCGUGUGAUGAUGACCAUGUGACCGCCUUACAAAUAGCAGCUUUCAAUGGAAAUAAUUCUAUGGUGACCUAUCUUCUUGAUGAAGGGGCAGAUCUUGAAGCUUGUAAUCAAGUAGGAAUGACUCCAUUCCAUCAUGCCUGCAGGGAAGGAAAAAUGACCGUUGUAGAGACAUUACUACAAAGGGGAGCUGAUAUUCAUCGCACCACAUAUAUGGGUGCGACCGCUCUGACAUUAGCAGCUGCUGGAGCACACCUGCACAUAGUGAAGAAGUUAGUCUCAUUGCGUCUGGAAGUUUCUCCACCAACUAUGGGAUUAUGUCCGACACCGUUGAUAGCUGCUGCAUUUCGGAGUAGUCCGCAAAUUUGUGGAUUUUUGAACCAUAGAGGUGCUCCCAUUGAUGAAACCCUUGAUUCCCUGUUAGGCCUCUCUGCCUUGUCCUGUGUCCUAAUGUGCUCCUCUACGAGCGUCUUCUGUGCUCUGUUAGAUCUUGGAGCUGACCCAACGAAAAAGACUCUGAAGAAAAAGACUGCUGCAGAACUGGCUGAACAAUUCAAGCGACAUGACGUAUUAGCUAUAUUAGCGGAUAAAAGCAGAAUUAGACACCAUGACAGGAUUGCUGUUGGAGACAUUCGGCAACUGAUAGCAGAGAAUCAACUGGAUUGUGCGGAAUUUGUUCGUGGCAAGCAGACAUCUCUAGCCGAA